GCCGCGCCGCAGCCCGCGGGCGCGGCCAGGAGGCAGCGGCGGGGCCGCGGCUCCCCCGGCUCCCCGCCCGCCGCCCAGGCGCGGCGCGGCCCGGCCCGGGACUCUCCGCCUUUCCGCGGCUCUCCGUCCCCCCUCUGGCGAGAUGUUAUGGCCGAGCCGGCGCAGAAGGGCGGCGUAGGGCAGGGCGGGCGGCGGGAGGAUGAGGGGGCGGCGGUGGCGGCGGCCGCCCCUAGCUACGAAGACUACGAGUGCAAGAUCUGCUACAACUACUUCGACCUGGAGCGGCGGGCGCCCAAGCUGCUGGAGUGCCUGCACACCUUCUGCCAGGAGUGCCUGAGCCAGCUGCACCUGCGGGCCGCCCAGCAGCCUCCCGCCGCCUCCGCCGCUGAGCUGGGGCCGGGGCCCGGCCGGUCGGCCGGCGGCUCCCUAGCCUGCCCGCUCUGCCGCCACCGCACGGCGCUGCCCGACCACCGCGUCCACGGCCUCCCUGUCAACACCAAGCUGGCCGCCGCCUGCCCGCCGCAGCUGCGGGCCCGCGACCCGCUGCCCCAGGACAGCCUGCCGCCGCUGCCGCCCCGCCGCCCGCCCCGAGCCCGGGAGGCGGCGGCCGCCCUCGCCCUGCCGGCCGCCGCCCCCGCCGGCCGGGGCGGGCCGCGCUCCUCGGGCGGCGGCUACGAGAGCUGCCAGAGCUGCAAGCGGGCGGCGCUGAGCGCCGGCUGCGUGUGCGUCGUCGUCUCCUUCCUCUCCAUGGUGGUGCUGCUCUUCACCGGCCUCAUCUUCGUCAACCAGUACGGCGGCGACGCCGGGCCCGGCGCCUCGGCCUCGCCGUCGCCGGUGGGGCCCAUCUGCCUGUCGGUGGCCAGCAUCCUCGCCCUCUUCUCCGUCGUCGUCACAUGGCUCAUCUGCUGGCUCAAGUACCGGCCCGAGGCGGCGGCGGCGACCGGCGGGGCGACGGCCAACGGCACCCCGCGGGGCCGGGCGGCGGCCGCCCGCAGGAGCGACACGUAGCGCCGGCCGAGCGGAGCGGAGCGGGGCCGGGCGGCGGCGGCGGGCGCUGAGGGGCUGAGCCGGGCCGGGCCGGGCCGGGCGGGAGGCAGGCAGGCGCCGAGCGGGCUGUGAGGGAAGCCGGGGUCCGCCCCCCGCGCGCCGCGGUGAGGGGAGAGCGCGGCCGGGGGGCCCUGUCCGGGCCAGGGGCGGUUCGGCCGCGGCCCCUGCUCGCAGGUACCCCGCGCUUGGUCGGCGUUAGCCCCGACCCAGCCGAGAGGCGGGUGGGCGGCAGCGGGGGGAGGACGCGGGCGAGGCCGUGGCUCUCCUGGGUGCAAAGGGCCCGCCGCCUCCGGGCCUGGGGCCCGCCGUGGUGGCGGGGGGCGGCAGGGCCCAGCCCCGCCACGGUGACGGGCCCCAGCCCCGCCACGGUGGCACGGCGGGCCCUGCAGCCGGGCCAGCCCCGCGGCUCUGGCACGGUCCGAGGUGGCGGGGGUGGUCCGCAGGGUGACCGGGCGAGGGGCCGGGGAGGGUCCGGCUGCUCCGGAGGGAGGGCAGGAGGCGUCUCUCUCAGGCAAAGAUGUCUGGAAGGGCCUCCCUGGGAAGCCGGGGCUCUGAGGUUGGCGUUCGCGCUCCUCCCCGCCUCUGUCGGGAGCGUGCCUUGGUUUCUGUGCGCCCUGGUGCAGAAGGACACGAUCUCGAUUAAAGAAAACUAGCUUACUGUUGCCCCCACCUGGAAGAUAAUCGGAGAGAGUCCCUGUGAUUAGGAGCAGAACAGGAUGACGAUGUUAAAUGCGGUUUGUGUUUUCCCUUUUAUGAAGUUAAUAAGUACGUAUAGAAGAAGAUGUACCAGAAAUGUAUUAUCCUAAACAGACUGAGCCAAAGUUUCCCUACAAUGUAUUGAGUAUGGUUUUGUCAUAAUUUUAUUAGAAGGCCAUCAGGCCCUCUGUUGGUUGCUUAAAAUAAGCUUUAUUAUUUAAUUCUUUGAAAUUCUCAUUUAAUGUGGGAGACUGAAACACUACAUUGCACACUUAAUUUAUGGAAAGUUAUUUUAAUUAAUGGAGCUCUAAAAUAGAGCUGAGAGACUCCUGUGGUAGAGAGUAAUAUUUCACUGGCCAUUGAUUUCAAUUUUUACACAGUGAGAGAAGCCCACAUUAAAAUACGGACUUUCAGCAUCACUGUAGAAGUGAAAUGCGGUAGUGUAAUUUUUGUCUUGAACGUUUACCUUUGGUCGAGGUAGCUACAAUGACAGUGGGUUUCCCUCUUGGUAAGUUUCUCUUCUGUGUUACGAGUUUCUGUAAAAGGCCAGUAGAAAAAGUUUUUGUUCUGUGAGGUUGGAACAUCAAAGAUGUCUUUGAAAUAUGAUGAGAUGCUCAUAAUAUGAAAUGGAAAAACAUUGCCAUGCAGCUGGUUUUGUAGUAUAUUAAGGAGAGCACUCUCUAUAGAUACUGUUCUGUGUUGCAGGAUAAUUCAUUUGGUGCCUGAAUUUUUUUAUCUUAAUUAGUUGUUGUAAUCUAUUCUAUUGGGAAUAAGAUAAUGCUGCUUAUUCCGUGUUUCUACACAGUACUGUAAUGGAAUGAGGUAAUUAUUUUCGUGCUUAACAAUUCAAGAAUUUUAAAAGUGAUCUUUUAGUAUAUGUAUUUUGCAAGCUGUCUGCAUGAUAUUCUGACGAGUAUCCUCUUAAUAGACCUUUACUUGACCACUUCUAUUUAUCACAAGUGCAAAGGAAUUUACUAUGUAGAAAUGUAAAGACAGCAGGUGAAGAUGUGUGAUGUGUUUUAUGACUGCACAAGUGAUGUGUACUGUGCGUUGUCUGGAUUAUCACAAAUCUGUGAAAAACAACCCCUGAUGCCCAUAAAACCCCACAAACCCAAGUGGUAUUUAUACAGACUCUGUUAUGAUGGACACAGUUUGUGGAAACAGUAUAUGACUUUUGUGUCACUUAUGUCUAUUUAAAAAAAUCCGCACCAGCCUUUUAAAGCCGUAUAUCAUAAUAUAAAGGCCCCGAGGAGAUAAAUUACUGGGAUCAACUGUGGCUCUGACCGUGGUUCGUGUAUUUAGACCAGCGUUCUCAAACUUGGAGUCGCUCGUUAGCCGUGUAAAAGGUGUAUGCCUCCCAAAAUCAGGCCUGACCAUUAGCCCCUGUUGACUUCAGCAGUAGUUAUGGAUGUUCUGCACCAAAGAAAAUCAUGAGACUUUUAUUUAAGCAUCUAAAUGAGAAUUUAGAUGGUUGACUUCAGGUACAAACAUUUGAAAAUUUUGGCCUUAACCUCUCUGUUCUUCAGUUAAUGCAUCUGUAAAGUUUGAUAAUAGCAUUGACCUACCUCACAGGCAAGAUGUGAGGCUUUAUUUAUUAAAGUUUUUAAGCAAUUGGAGAUCCUUGAAGAGGAGGUGCUAUAGAAGUGAAAGUAUUAUUAUAAAUGAUACUGUAGUAAGAAUAAAUAUAUGUAAAUUAAUGGACAUAAACAGCAGCAAUGUUUUCUAAGAAAAAUAAAUAUAUAAAUUAUGUACAUGUGUACAUCAUAUGCACCAAUACAUGAUUUACCUGUUUGUGCUUCUACUGCAAAUGCAGCAUGCGUAUCAGCAUUUCUAUUCAAUCAGGUAAGCUCCAGUACCUUGCAGUUCAGAUGAGCCCAGCCAACAGUCACUGCUAUAACUCCAUCUCAUGUAGACAUGCCGAAGCUAACUCUGAGCACUCAUGAAGCUCAGCUGGAGCUCACUGUGUAGUUCUUACUUUGCUUUACUCCUGUGGGCUUUCUGGCUGCAGUGAGCCGCUUGGGUAUCACAGAUGCGCUGCCAGAGCUGUCUGGGCGAGCUAUCGAGCUCACACCAACUUGGGUAUGUUUACAGGAGCUGCAGUCGUGACGGAAGCUAUUACAUAGCAUGCCCUGAAAUACUGAUUACAGUAAGAAAUGUAUACUCCAUCUUUUUCUUUUCUUUCCACAUCAUAGCUUUAUUCUUGCCUUUUCUCUGUAAACAGUAUUUGCCAUUUUGACUAAACCAGUGGUUUCAACUGGGAUCCAUGGACUACUUCUAAAGGAUCUGCGAAAGGUAAGUAAGAAAAGCAAAUCGAUCAUCAGAAGCUUAAAUUUGUUACGUGAGGGUCAACUUUAAAGUGUUUAGAGGUUUGCACAUUACAGAAAGUUGAAGAUCACAGGACUAAACAGGAUUUUCAGGCUUACUCACAAUUGAACGAUCAUAUUACAUAUCAGGUUCCUACCCAUGUAUUUGAAAAUAUUUCAGAGCCAAAUUAAAAUGGACAGUCUGACCGUAUGCCAAAUCCUUCUCUGCUUAUGCAAAUUUUGGGAAACUCCACUGGUUUCAGGAGCGUUAGUCUGGAUCCACAUCACCGUACCAGUCAGAAAAAAUCAUGCAUUGUAUACAUCUCUGGCUACUGUAGAAUCCCAGUAUUAUGUUUGUAUUUUGAGUUGCUUUGAGUGUACAGAUUGCUUGUCCAAAGCCAAACUUUGCUCAAGUUUCAGUAAAAAAAAGUUAAGUAAAAUACAAAAAGAGAAAA